AUGGCGGUUCGGGCUUGGCGCCCGAUGCCACCCCCGCAGCCGCAGCUGGCUGUGCUGGAUGUGAGGCGCCAUGGCGCAGGCCUGCGAGAGAGACCAUACUUCCUGAACCACCAGGGCCUGGCGCCGCGCGCCGGCCGCGGCCUCGCCGUCUUCGCGGUGCGCCGAGCGCAGGCCCUGGCGCCAGAGGAUGAGUUCGAUGAUGAAGUCUUCGAGGAAGAGGACGAAGAGGAUGAUGAGGAGGAGGACGAUGAGAACUACGAAGGGCCGUGGCAGCAUGCCCUCUCACUGUUGCAAGCGAUGCAAACGAGGAGAUUGCAGCUGGGCGAGAUCAACGUGGGCUCCGCUGUGCAAGCAUGUUUGGCGGUGAGGACCACCAAGUCUCCCAUGUCCAGCCGAUGGCAGCAAGCCUUGAUGCUCUUCAGGACAGCCUCGACCAAGAGGGUGUUGCCUGACCCAGCAUGCUGCGGCUUGCUCAUUGCAGAGUGCGAGCAGCGCGGACUGCAAACAGUGGAGCAGGACAUCAUUUCCAGGCUGAGAGACCCAUCUGCAGUGAAAGAUGAUAUCUUGGUGACUGCCACGGCCGUGGCCAACGACAUCGCCGCCCGCGCGCGGAAGGCCGCGCUGAAGACGCGUAUCUCAUUUGAAAAGAGCGCGCAGAGUUGCGGCAUUGAAGCGUUGGACGCCUUGCGAUGGAUGCUGGGCCAGCUCCCCGCAAGGAAGGACGCAAGGAUUUUGGCCACAGAGCCGGGGAGGCUUCCGGAAGAGGUGGAUGCCCUGGCAGCUGACCUGGCAAAGGUCCACCUUGGCGAUGAGGAGUCUACCGCGAAUGCGGACUCCACUGCCCUGACAGGCAGCUGCAAGUGCAACGGCUGCCGCUUCCGCUUCCCAUUGGCCAAGGUGCUGCCCCACGGACGACUUGAUAUGUCCAAUUGCCACUGCCCGCACUGCCGCAGAGCCCAUUCAGCCGCUUUCGCCUCUUACGUUACUGUGCAGACAGCUGCAAUCGAGCGCCUUAAGGGUGGCGACUUGGUGGUUGCCAGAAGCGACCACUGUGAGCAUUUGGCGGCAGAUGUGCUGAGGAUCUUCUGUGGGAGGUGCUUUUCUUCGCUUGCCAUGCUUCCGAAGGUGGGCGAGGUGGUACAUGUGGCAGCGGGUUGCUUGGAGGUGGAGAACUUCCCAAAGGUUGAGAGCUUCAUCCCCUGGUGUGCGGAGAAAGCGCCCCCGUACUUGGGCUUCGUGCCCGCCGGCAAGAAGCAGCGACAGAAGGCGAAGCAAACGGCUAGACAAGGACCGGUCACGGGUGGCUGCAGCUGUGGCCAGUGUCAAUUCACAUUGCCCAGGUUCCCCGCGGAGCUGCAGCACUGCUACUGCGGCAGCUGUCGGAAGCUCUCCGGGGCGGCCUGGCAGACCUGGAUGCCCGUUGAGGGCCAGCUGCAGUGGACGCGCAAGGACACUUUGAAGCUUGUGCGAACCACCAACCAUGCAAAGAGGCAUGUGUGCACGAACUGCGGAGUCUUCAUGACCAUUGUGUAUGAUGAGGACGGAGCAGUGUGGCCUUUGGCCGGGGCACUCGAUGAUUGCUACACCAAGGAGGAUCUUGCGCUGCAGGUCUCAGAUGUGUCUCACAUUUGCGUGAAGUACAAGCAGCCUUGGUGGGUCUUGCCAGCGGACGGCCUGUCUCGCAUCAAAGGUCCUUCCUGA